AUGGUUAAGAAGGAGCUUCCAUCGCAUUUGAGAGAAGACAAGCUAAGCGAAGAAACCAAGACUUUGAUCUCUUCACUUGUUUCAUACAAAGAUGCUUCUCGGAAGCUCUGCAACUACCAAGGAUGUUGGUACUACUACAACACUCUACAAGGUGUUGUUAAUUUCCAGAGAAAUUUCAAGCCUCAAGACUCCGAUAUAAUCCUCGCUUCUUUUCCCAAAUCCGGCACCACUUGGCUCAAGGCCCUCACCAUCGCCCUCCUCGAAAGAUCGAAGAAGAAUAAGGACCGUUCUUGUGAUGACAUUCAUCAUCCUCUGGAAUCUGAUAAUCCUCAUGGCUUAGUACCAUUCUUAGAAAUGAAUCUGUUUCUCAAAAGCUCAACACCGGACUUAACCAACCUCUCAUCUCCGAGGCUGUUCUCGACUCACAUGCCCUUGCAUACGCUUCAAGUACCUCUCAAGGACUCUCUUUGCAAGAUUGUGUACGUUUGGAGGAAUUGGAAAGACGUGUUGGUGUCAAUUUGGCAUUUCACGUGCAUCAAUCUAGAGGAAACAGAAGCAGAGGGAAGCUUUACUCUCGAGUCAAUGUUUGACUCGUUCUGUAGCGGAGUUAACUACUUUGGACCCUCUUGGGAAAAUGUCUUGAGCUAUUGGAGAGGGAGCUUGGAAGAUCCUAAGCAUGUGCUUUUCAUGAGGUACGAAGACUUGAAAGCAGAGCCUCGUGGACAAAUCAAGAGACUUGCAGAGUUCUUGGCUUGUCCUUUUAGUCAAGAAGAAGAAGAUAGUGGAGAUGUUGAAAAGAUCUUAGAGUUGUGCUCUCUGCGUAAUCUUAGCAGUUUGGAAAUCAACAAGACUGGAACGUCCAACGAUGUACAUAACUCUAGCUUCUUUCGGAAAGGGGAAGUCGGUGACUGGAAGAAUUAUCUCACUCCUGAAAUGGAGAAGAAAAUCGAUAACAUUGUUGAGGAGAAACUUAGAGGUUCAGGUUUAAAGUUCUAA